GUGGCUGCGGCUGGUCCGGAGGGGGCGGUGAAGCCUCGGGGAGGGGAGGAGAGAGGAGGGGAGGAAGGGGAGAGGUGGAGAGAGGGGAGUGUUGGAGGCGCUGGAGCCGAGCCGGGCUGGCCGGGCGGGCGGGGAGGAGGAGGAGCUGGACGGGCUGGCGGGCGGCCGGGUGGCGGCGGCGGCGGCAUGGCGGAGCCGAGCGGGGCCGAGACGAGGCCCCCCAUUCGGGUCACCGUCAAGACCCCCAAGGACAAGGAGGAAAUUGUAAUCUGCGAUCGAGCCUCGGUCAAGGAGUUCAAAGAGGAAAUCUCCCGGAGGUUUAAGGCUCAGCAGGAUCAGCUGGUCCUGAUCUUCGCAGGCAAGAUCCUCAAGGAUGGGGACACACUGAACCAGCAUGGAAUCAAGGACGGGCUCACUGUCCAUCUGGUCAUCAAGACCCCUCAGAAGGCUCAAGAUCCAGCCGCUGCCACUGCUUCCUCCCCUUCCACACCUGACCCUGCCUCAGCACCCUCCACCACGCCUGCUUCACCCGCCACCCCUGCACAGCCCUCCACCUCUGGCAGUGCCUCUUCGGAUGCUGGCGGUGGAAGCCGGAGGAGCAGUGGGGGGGGGCCCUCUCCAGGGGCUGGAGAGGGACCCCCCAGUGCUACUGCGUCCAUACUGUCUGGCUUUGGGGGCAUCCUGGGGCUGGGCAGCCUGGGCCUGGGCUCUGCCAACUUUAUGGAGCUGCAGCAGCAGAUGCAGAGGCAGCUGAUGUCCAAUCCUGAGAUGCUGUCACAGAUCAUGGAGAACCCCCUGGUCCAGGAUAUGAUGUCGAACCCUGACCUGAUGCGUCACAUGAUCAUGGCCAACCCCCAGAUGCAGCAGCUGAUGGAGCGGAACCCCGAGAUCAGCCACAUGCUCAACAACCCUGAACUCAUGAGGCAGACAAUGGAGCUUGCUCGGAAUCCAGCCAUGAUGCAAGAGAUGAUGCGGAACCAAGACCGGGCCCUGAGCAACCUCGAGAGCAUCCCUGGAGGGUAUAAUGCCCUCCGGCGCAUGUACACAGACAUCCAGGAGCCCAUGUUCAGUGCUGCCCGGGAACAGUUUGGCAACAAUCCCUUCUCUUCCCUGGCCGGGAACUCCGACAGCUCAUCCUCCCAGCCUCUGCGGACUGAGAAUCGAGAGCCCCUCCCUAACCCCUGGAGCCCCUCGCCCCCCACCUCCCAGGCCCCCGGGUCCGGUGGGGAGGGCACCGGAGGAUCGGGGACCAGCCAGGUGCACCCGACAGUCUCGAACCCCUUUGGGAUCAAUGCGGCUAGCCUGGGGUCAGGGAUGUUCAAUAGCCCAGAAAUGCAAGCCCUCCUCCAGCAGAUCUCUGAGAACCCACAGCUGAUGCAGAACGUGAUCUCAGCGCCCUACAUGCGCAGCAUGAUGCAGACGCUUGCCCAGAACCCCGACUUUGCUGCUCAGAUGAUGGUGAAUGUGCCGCUCUUCGCGGGGAACCCCCAGCUGCAGGAGCAGCUCCGCCUGCAGCUCCCAGUCUUCCUGCAGCAGAUGCAGAACCCGGAGUCACUCUCCAUCCUUACCAAUCCCCGAGCCAUGCAGGCAUUGCUGCAGAUCCAGCAGGGACUACAGACCCUGCAGACCGAGGCCCCUGGGCUGGUACCCAGCCUUGGCUCCUUUGGGAUGUCCCGGACCCCAGCACCCUCAGCAGGCAGCAAUGCUGGGUCUAUGCCUGAGGCCCCCACUUCCUCGCCAGCCACACCAGCCACAUCUUCUCCAACAGGGGCUUCCAGCGCCCAGCAGCAGCUCAUGCAGCAGAUGAUCCAGCUUUUGGCUGGAAGUGGAAACUCACAGGUGCAGACACCAGAAGUGAGAUUUCAGCAGCAACUGGAGCAGCUCAACUCCAUGGGCUUCAUCAAUCGUGAGGCCAACCUGCAGGCUCUGAUUGCCACAGGAGGGGACAUCAACGCAGCUAUUGAGAGACUGCUGGGCUCCCAGCUCUCCUAAUCCCUCGGCCCAUGCCUCCUGCCUCUCCCUUCCCUCGAUGUCAGCGUUUGGUUCCUCUGUCAGCCCUUCCCCCCUGCGGCUUGUCACCCCUUCUGUCUUCUCCCUCAUCCUCUCCAAACAGCAGGGUGACUUGAGAGGCGUGGGCUCCAACCCCUUAGCUCUGUCUGAGAAUUAUGGUUUUGCUUCUACAUCUCUAACAGAAUCUUCUCUCCUGGUCUCCUUGAGCAGAGCCACUUAAACAGUUUUCCCAGUUUCACUGAUCGACCCUACCUCUUUGCCCCACGCCACCUUUUGCAAUCUUUAAACUCGCAGUGGUAGUGCAGAGUCAGAGGAGGAACCAGCUGUCUGAUUUACUGGAACAUAGUCUUCCAUUUAUACCACUAGGGUUUUGUCUUAUGUUUACUUUUGGUAACUCUCUUCCUCCUUUUGCUCGCUACUCCCCACCCCUAGCCCAACCAAUGCUAGAAUUUCUCGCUCUGAAGGAGGAGCAGGUGAAGCAGCUGGUAAUUUUCCUCCUCAGCCCCUAUUCUGGUCUCUUCAUUCAGCACUUUUUCGUGGGCACUGUUGGGAAUUCCAGGGUAAGGAGGAAGAUACCUGUUCUCUCUCUCUGAAGAGGGAGAUGAGACAGCCCUCUGGACAGGAAUGAACAAAGCCUGGACCAGCCCUGUGGAAAUUGGUGCGAAAAAGGAGGGAAUGAGGUUAUUCAGAGGAAGGGAAUAGGGGAGGCAGCCUGAGUAAAAGGCUUGGAAGUUGGAAUUAACAGUGGGGAACAGAAGCACUCACAGGUCUUUUAGGCAGAAGAAUCCAGGCGCAAGCUGGCAGAAGAGACUCAGAGAUGCUAAUGGAUUUGAACUGAAGAAAAGGGCUCAAUGAAGCUGAGCACCAUGCCCCACAAGGGGUCAUAUUGGCUUCAUUUCCUCAAAUACACGUGCUUAUAUGCACACAGACAUUUCCGUGGACCCAGGACUUGCCUGUGUCCCCAGGCACCAGUAAUUUGAGCCCUCCUGAAAGGACAUGAAGGGGAUUGGGGUCUGUGAACGGUAGGGAAGUGCGUGUGUGUGCGCACAUGUUGGUGAGAAGUGGAUGAUUUGUUGGUUUCCGGUUCAGAGUGCUCGCACCACCAGAGACAAGUGGGUAAAAGUAUCAGUCCAUUGCAGGAAUACAUAUCCGGGAGAGCUAGGUCCCUUGGGCCUCUGGCUGCUGGUUAACCUAGAGGUAGUGUGGGUACCCUUUCUGAAGCUGUCAGGACUGUUACCAGCACCCAUAUCACCUGUCACUGCCUUGUGGGAAUAGUAGAGGGUUUAUUUCCCUCCAGGCCAGAAAAUUUUCUUUGAGGAAGGAGAGGAGAGGGUGGCAAUGAUGCCUUUGAUCUGGAAUUGGACAUUGCUCUGUCAGAGCACAGAGGAGGCUCAUAUCACCUCUUCCCUCUGCUACUUGGCCCAGCUGCUUGGAGGACCAACCCCACGGCUGAGAAUAUGACAGCAAGAGGAACAGAGUUGGCUCCAAGUGGGAAAGGGUCCCGAGCAGUCCAGAGAGGAUGUCCAUGUGGCUUUCCCUCCCUGCCUCCCCCAGCUCCCACACUGGCCUUUGUAAAUAAAUGGUGUGGUCUUUGUUGUGA